AUGGCUCAGAUCAAUUGCACCCAAGUGAAGGAGUUCAUCCUCAUGGGCCUCACGGACCGCCCGGAGUGGAAGAUGCCUCUCUUCCUGGUAUUCUUGUCCAUCUACCUCUUCACCGCUGUAGGCAAUCUAGGUUUGAUCCUGGUCAUUAGAAUAGAUGCAAGACUCCACACCCCCAUGUACUUCUUCCUUAGCAACCUGGCAUUUGUUGACUUCUGUUACGCUUCUGUCAUUACACCCAAGAUGCUGGGGAAUUUUCUGUACAAACAAAAUGUGAUAUCCUUCAAUGCCUGUGCAGCUCAGUUAGGCUGCUUUCUCACCUUUAUGGUGUCAGAGUGCUUGCUGCUGGCCUCAAUGGCCUACGAUAGAUAUGCAGCCAUUUGUAACCCUCUUCUCUAUAUGAUCACCAUGUCCCCAGGAAUCUGCAUUCAGCUCGUAGUGGUUCCUUACAGCUAUAGCUUCCUGAUGGCUCUGUUUCACACCAUCCUUACCUUUCGCCUCUCCUACUGUCACUCCAACGUCAUCAAUCACUUCUAUUGUGAUGACAUGCCCUUGCUCAGACUCACCUGCUCUGACACCAGCUACAAGCAGCUCUGGAUUUUGACCUGUGCUGGUAUCACAUUCAUCUCUUCUGUUCUGAUUGUCUCUGUGUCCUACAUGUUCAUUGUUUCUGCCAUAUUGAGGAUGCGCUCCGCUGAGGGAAGACGCAAAGCCUUCUCCACCUGUAGCUCCCACAUGCUGGCUGUCACCAUAUUCUAUGGGACCCUGAUCUUUAUGUACCUACAGCCAAGCUCUAGCCAUUCUCUUGACACAGAUAAGUUGGCUUCUGUCUUCUAUACAGUAAUCAUCCCCAUGUUGAACCCCCUGAUUUAUAGCCUCAGGAACAAGGAUGUGAAAGAUGCCCUGAAGAAAGUUACUAUGAGUAGAGACCAGGCUUUUGUGUUUCUGAAAGUAAGAUAA